AUGCUAACAAUAACUCAAGGUUUUAUAGUCCUGAUCAUUUUUUUGUUAAUUGUUGAGUUUUUCAGGCUGCAAAAAGCUUGCAAGCAAUUCCCUCCUGGACCAACUCCUCUCCCAUUGCUUGGAAACUUGGUGCACUUGAACUUUCAGUUUCAUCGGGAUCUUCUGAUGGAGCUGGCAAAAACUCAUGGUAGCAUGUACACUCUAUGGUUUGGGUGGGUCCCAGUGAUUAUACUGAAUGGAUUUCAAGCAGUGAAGGAUGGCAUGACCACACACCCUGAAGAUGUUUCUGGCAGGCUGGUGUCACCUUUCUUCAGAGCACUGGCCAAAGGAAAAGGUAUUAUACUUGCCAGUGGUCGCUCCUGGAAGCAGCAGAGGCGUUUUGGAAUAAUGACUCUACGCAAUUUGGGAAUGGGGAAAAAAGGCCUGGAGCAUCGAGUGCAAGAGGAGGCCUCUCAUCUGGUGGAGUUUUUUAGGAACCUCAAAGGAAGACCUGUGGAUCCUUCUUUCCCUCUUUUCCAUUCUAUUUCAAAUGUAAUUUGUGCUGUGGUUUUUGGAUAUCACUUCUCUGAUGAGGACAAAACCUUCCAUGAACUGAUCCAUGCUACAGAGAAAAUAUUCAGGUUUGCAGGCAGCUUUGUUCAUCAGAUGUACGAAAUCCUGCCCUGGCUGCUGUGUCACCUCCCUGGGCCUCAUAAGAAGGUGUUGGCUUGCUAUGAUGUCCUGAGUUCUUUUGCAAGGAAGGAGAUCAGAAGACAUGUAGAGAGAGGGAUACCAGCUGAACCACAGGAUUUCAUUGACUUUUACCUGGCUGAGAUUGAGAAAUCCAAAGAGGGGGCCAAGCCCAAGUAUGAUGAAGAGAAUUUGGUAUAUGUCAUAAAUGAUCUUUUCCUUGGUGGAUCAGAGACCUCAAGCACUACAUUGUACUGGGGACUGCUCUAUAUGGUGGUGAAUCCAGACAUCCAAGCGAAAGUGCAGAAGGAGCUGGAUGCUGUUCUGGGUCCUUCCCAGUUAAUUUGUUAUGAGGAUCGGAGAAAACUGCCCUACACAAACGCUGUGGUUCAUGAGAUUCAGCGCUUCAGCAACAUUGUCUUUGUUGGCGUUCCCAGACUGUGUGUGAGGAACACAACUCUGCUGGGAUUCCCUGUCAAAAAGGGUACCAUUGUUAUACCAAAUAUAGCAUCUGUUCUGUAUGACCCUGAGCAGUGGGAGACACCUCGACAGUUCAAUCCUGGCCAUUUUCUGGAUAAAGAGGGAAACUUUAUACCUCGAGAAGCUUUCUUACCAUUCUCAGCAGGGCACCGGGUGUGUUUGGGGGAGCACUUAGCCAGGACCGAGCUGUUCAUUUUCUUUGCCAGCCUGCUGCGGGCGUUCACCUUCCGCCUCCCCGAGGGAGUGACCCAGCUCAGCACGGAGCCCGUCAUGGGGGGCACUCUGCAGCCUCACCCCUACAGGCUCUGUGCCAUCCCUCGCUAGGCUGCAGCGGCCUCAGGCCAGCAGGAGA